AAGUGCCGCCAUUUUGGGGUGUUCUGCUCUGGCGGCGGUGGCGGCGGCAGCGGCGGCGGGACGCGGAGGCUCCCUUGGGACUCGGCCUUAGCAGCGAGGCGGCGGCGGCGGCUGCGGAGGCGCAGGCAGCAGCUGAGGUAGCGGCGGGCUCAGGGUCAGCCGCUGAGUGAAGACAUAGUCCAGAGAGGGAGGUGUAAAGCUACAGGCUGAACGUAACUUCUUUUUUUCAAAGUUCCCUGUGUUGUGAACUGAGCUUGAGUGAAGUGAAAUCUCUUGAGGAAGCUAAAGCUGUGUGUAUUUGUGGAUCAGACAAGUGCAGCAAGUUAAUGUCACUGGCUUCUGAAGGGGAGAGUGAGGUGAUGGCUGCGUUUAAGUUGGAUUUCCUUCCAGAAAUGAUGGUGGAUCAUUGCUCUUUGAAUUCCAGUCCCGUCUCCAAGAAAAUGAACGGCACCCUGGACCACCCAGACCAACCAGAUCUUGAUGCUAUCAAGAUGUUUGUGGGCCAGGUUCCAAGGACCUGGUCUGAGAAGGACUUGAGGGAACUCUUUGAACAGUAUGGUGCUGUCUAUGAAAUCAAUGUCCUAAGGGAUAGGAGCCAAAACCCUCCUCAGAGCAAAGGGUGCUGUUUUGUUACAUUUUACACCCGCAAAGCUGCAUUAGAAGCGCAGAAUGCUCUUCACAACAUGAAGGUCCUCCCAGGGAUGCAUCAUCCUAUACAGAUGAAACCUGCCGACAGUGAGAAGAGCAAUGCAGUGGAAGACAGGAAGCUGUUUAUUGGUAUGAUUUCCAAGAAGUGCAGUGAAAAUGACAUCCGAGUUAUGUUCUCUUCAUUUGGACAGAUUGAAGAAUGCCGGAUAUUGAGGGGACCUGAUGGCCUGAGCAGAGGCUGUGCGUUUGUGACUUUUACAACAAGAGCCAUGGCACAGACGGCUAUCAAGGCGAUGCACCAAGCACAGACCAUGGAGGGUUGCUCAUCCCCCAUGGUGGUAAAAUUUGCUGAUACACAGAAAGACAAAGAACAGAAGAGAAUGGCCCAGCAGCUCCAGCAGCAGAUGCAGCAGAUCAGCGCAGCAUCCGUGUGGGGAAACCUUGCUGGUCUAAAUACUCUUGGACCCCAGUAUUUAGCACUUUAUUUGCAGCUCCUUCAGCAGACUGCCUCCUCUGGGAACCUCAACACCCUGAGCAGCCUCCACCCAAUGGGAGGGUUAAAUGCAAUGCAGUUACAGAAUUUGGCUGCACUAGCUGCUGCAGCUAGUGCAGCUCAGAACACACCGAGUGGUACUAAUGCUCUCACUACAUCCAGUAGUCCCCUCAGCGUGCUCACCAGUUCAGCAGGGUCUUCACCAAGCUCCAGCAGUAGCACCUCUGUCAACCCCAUUGCCUCCUUGGGAGCCCUGCAGACAUUAGCUGGAGCAACGGCAGGCCUCAACGUUAGCUCUUUGGCAGGGAUGGCUGCUUUAAAUGGUGGCCUGGGCAGCAGUGGCCUUUCCAAUGGCACUGGGAGCACCAUGGAGGCCCUCACACAGGCCUACUCGGGGAUCCAGCAAUAUGCUGCUGCGGCACUCCCCACCCUGUACAACCAGAAUCUGUUGACACAGCAGAGUAUUGGUGCUGCCGGGAGCCAGAAGGAAGGUCCAGAGGGAGCCAAUCUGUUCAUCUACCACCUGCCCCAGGAGUUUGGAGAUCAGGACCUGCUACAGAUGUUUAUGCCCUUUGGGAAUGUCGUGUCUGCCAAGGUUUUUAUAGAUAAGCAGACAAACCUGAGCAAGUGUUUUGGUUUUGUAAGUUACGACAAUCCUGUUUCGGCUCAAGCUGCCAUCCAGUCCAUGAACGGCUUUCAGAUUGGCAUGAAGAGGCUUAAAGUGCAGCUCAAACGUUCGAAGAAUGACAGCAAGCCCUACUGAGCGUGCUCCCCUCUGAGACUGGAGUGAGAGGGUCUUCUGGCACAGCUUGCGCUGAAGACUCGGCUACUGCCUUCUGUGGGAGUUUCACUUCAUACAGAGGACAAAUUUGUGCUUUGGUUUCCAGUGUUUUACUUUGGAGUUUAGGUGCCAUAUCCUGAGUUAUUUUCCUUAUUUAAAGUUUGCUGUGUUUGUAACCAGUGUGUGUUGAGAAGGACCAACAUCAAACCGCCCUUGGGGAGGAGGGGGUAUGGAGAAACAUUAAAAGAGAUCAGAACUUGCCUCAAACUAUCCCAAGAGAGAGGACUGAGUGAACAAAAAUUGACCCCUAGAAUCUCCCUGAGUGUGAGAAUGGGUGAAACGGGAACUGAUACCCAAGAGCUGUGGGGGCAGAGAGGAGGGCUUGGCUUUUGGGGGAGGGUAAGAGUGACUUGACACCCAGCAGCCCUGGGAGCUGGGGGCCGAAACGCCUCCAGAGCUGACUUCUGGGGAAAUACUGAGUUCAUGCCACCUGUUUUUCAGAUUCUUGUCCAGGAUUUCUGGCCCUCUUUCCCAAGAAGGGGCUAACAAUUCUCUAGAAAUAAAGCACCUGUUAAAUUAGCCUGAUGUAUGCAAAAAGCAAGGAGACAUCACCCCUUACCAGCUUUCCCAGUCUUCCAUUAGUAUUGGAUUGGCCCUGCCUGGCUUGUGCUUGUUAGGAAGAAGCAUCUGGUAAAAGAGGUCAUAUUUUAGUUUAUUUCAACACCAAAUUAUUAUACUGGGAUCCAUUUCUAAGAGGUCCCUUUAAAGAAGACCUCUAAGGAAGACACUACACAGUUUCCUUCCUUGUAGCUGACCAUAGCAAGGACUGUCACUACCAUCCAAAGCCAGCUUUCUCAUGAAGGUAGAUCCAAGAAGGGCUUAGAAUGUAUAGCUGAAGGGGGCACCUCUCCUGAGCAGAGCGAUCAAAAGCCAUCAAGUUGGAGGAGGAGGAGCCUUUUCUUGGUGUACCUGAACCAAAAGGUCCCUCCCUUUAAGCCAGAGUGCUGCAUUUGUCAGUGGCCAGCACUUCAUACUUGAAAGGAUCAAAAAGUCUGUGCUUGCCCUUGCCUCCGUGGUUGAGGUAUUCCAGAUAAAGUAAUCCCACUGAGGCAGGCCCCUCUUCUAACCACUCCAGCCCCAUCUGCUCUUCUAAACAGAGGAGACAAUGGGACGUUUACAGCCUCCAUAUGGAUUUAGUGUUCAUUUACCUCAGUAUUACUGUGUUCGUUUUUGUCCUUGUGCUUACAGUUAGCUCCCUGCUGCCUCCCAUAGGUCUCACUCCAGCUCUUGCCUGUGACCCACAUAGCCUCUGGGUCCUACCUCUGCUCCAAGAAAUGCUGUGGGGGUGGAGAGCCAGAAGGACUUGCUGUUGGGAAUAUACACCUCAGCAGAGAGCUCUGUUAGGAUAUGAUUCUCAGCCAAGGCCAGGGACUGGGUCCCUGCUGUCUUAAACCUCACAAACAUCAGUCCUUACCCCUAGCAGCAGGGAUGAGAUGAGAGGGAUUGGUUUGCUGUUAAUUGGUUGGGGGCUCUUUCCUUGCCAUGCUGUCCAUUUGGGUAAGAGACAGGGAUUGACCACCUUGCUGUUGUGCAGGUAGUUCGUGGUGUUGGAUAAUCCCACUGAAGCUGGGUCAGCUGUUCCCUUCUCAUAGUGAUAACUUGGGUGUGUUGUCCUCUAAGGAACGUGAAACAUACUUGAGCUGAACCACGUAAACUUGAAUUACGCGCACUGGGAGAAAUGUGUCCUGUGUUUCAAGGAUAAAACUGUUCCAAAGGCUUCCAGGGUCAUGAUGGGAUUUUUUAAAUAAAAGCAAAAAAGAAAAAGAAAAAGAAAAAAAUGCUAGGUUGGGGAGGCACUGUUCUGAAUCCCAACCGGCUGGAACCAAGAAUGUCAUUUCUAUUUUUAUAGAAGUUUUAUACAGCUCUGGGGUGGAGAAUAUUUAUUACCUAAACUAUAUCUCUGGAAAAGGCCAGGAUUUUGUAGAAUCCAGAAUGUGAUUGUUGUACACACAGGGUGCUGUGUAUGAUUGAUACUACUGACUUUCUGUGGCCCAGCUAAUCUGCCAGGGUGGGGGACGAGUUAAUGCUGUGAAUUGGCGGAGGAGAGAGCUGUUCUCCCCAGGGUGCUGCCAGUGGUCUGAUCCCUAACCUUCUGUCUUCCUCCUUGGCCAUCGUGGGGUUUUCCAAAGCCCGAAACUCUGUUUCCACUUUCCCCUUUCCCUCUUCCCCCAUUUCACUAUUUGUCCUCUGAUUUGUCCUGGGCUCUGGAACCUUAAAACACCUUUUCAAACAAUGCGGAAGACAAAGGUGCGGUCAGCCUGUCUUUGUUACCAGACCUGGAGGUUUCGUGCCUGCUUGUGGGUUCUCUUUUCUACAAGGAGUGUAUGCCACAGCAGGGCUCUCAGCUGCCACAUUGGCCAGUUGGUGAGACCAGGCAUUUCUCUCUGCUCUCUUCUCCCUGCCUGGAGUGAACACAGCAGCACUGCCCUUGAGCAAAGUACUCUCCUCAGGCCAGAGAUGGUUUUGUGACGAAGCUGCUCCCAGACAAGUCUCAUAGUAUAAAAGGUUCAGCUUGCAGAGUUGGAGACUUGUAGAGAAGUCUUAAGCAGUCCUUUUUUGUGGGGUUUUCAUUUAUGUAAAUGUAUUUUCUGUAGUUUUGUUUCUUGGGUUUCAUCAUGAAAUUGAUUUGCCUUGAAUGCAGCCAGGCACUGUCUCCUGGGUCCCACAUGAGUGAUCAGGGCCUGCGGUGGAAGCUAAGAGCUUGGAUUUCUGGGAACAAAGGGCCAUCCCCAUAGGAUUGAGGAGAAAUCCUCACCUUCCCCCUGAAGAAUUCUCUCCUCCCAGCCAGCAUCUGCUGCUUCUCCUUGAUCUUGACCGCGAGGAGUAGGGGGAGUGGCUGAGGCUCUACUCUACCAGAGACCUUCUCGGACAAGUAUGGGCGCUUAGGGGGAAAUCCAAACCUUAGGUUCCCUUCUGUCUCUGGCAGUUGGAUGUUUUCUUGGUGUCCUCCAUGUCCUUUUUGACUUUUCCCUGUGUCCAUUGUUAGCAUCUGCAAAAGUUCCCUGUCAUUACCCAGCCCCUGCCCACCCAUCUCCUCAUUUCAGGGCUGUACACAGUGAGUGUUCCUGUUCUCUCUCUCUUUGUUUGGAUGUAUUGCUCUGUGUAACUCAGUGGGUCUCCCUCUUUCUGGUUUGUUUUUUUUCUAGAUUCCUGCCGUUUGUUCAUCGUUGUGCCUAAAGCAUGUCGAUGUGGCGUCAAGUACAUCGUCCAAAUCCCUGUCUCUUCAGCUUCUCUGAUGCUUGAACUCUCACCUUUGACCUUGUGUUGACCUUUGAUGCUGACAUGAUUUUUAUUAUGUUUGUUUGUUGUUUGUUUUUUCUUUUUCUUUCCUUUUUUUUUUCUUUCGUGCUGCCAAAUUGGUUUUGCUAGAACGACUGCUGAAGGGGAAAUAUUUAAACUUGCAUUUGAAUAUAAAAAAAAUCUAUUUUUCUAGAACUUCAUAAGAUAACCACUUGAUUUUGUGAUUCCAAUUCUUUGUAAUUGUCUUCAGAGCAGCCCUACUAGCACAUACCGCGUGGUGUUUGUAUUUCUGUGAACACACAAGCCAGUCCGUUUCUAGGCUUUGUUUCUCUGUGUGCUUAGUUUUAAAGACAACGUUGAAGUAAACAAUGAAAUAAAAGAUGUCACUAAAACCUUUGAGGCUCCUGAGCACAUUUUGCUGAUCUAGUUUGUGGGGCUGAAGGACACUGCAUGUGUUCUUUUUGUUUUUCUGAGUUCUCAACUGCAGAAAACACCUGAAUCCCUUUUCCUUUUUGACAGCAGGCUGCAGUUUGGGCCCUAGCCAGUCCUUUUCUUUUUCAUUUGUGGUUCUUCCCUGUAGCAACCCUGCAGGGAGCCUUCAGAUUCUUUUGGCCCCUUCCCCUCAGUCCCACUGCACUUGUUCCUACAGUCUCCACAGCAAAAUGUGAUGUUUUGAUUUUUUGUUUUUGUUUCUAUAUUGCUUUUGUUUUUGUUUUGAAUUUUUCCUUUCCUACUAAGAUUAUGCCCAGAAAAAAAAAGUUUUGCGUGUUUCCUGCUGUUUCCUCACACCUUCGUAUAUAUCACCUUCACCUCUCUUGUUUUCUAUAGUUUGUGCAAAAACUGACCGAUUUAAUAGGGUUUCAAGGAAGCUGUUUUAAAUUGUGGGGUUAUUUUUUUUCAAGAUUGUAUUUUAUUUUGAAGUGGCAACUUCCUCCUCUCGUGCCCUUAGAUCGUUUGCCUGUGCGCUUAGACUGUCACCUCAUGUGGCCUCCAGGCCUCAGCAGGUCCUCCAGCGAGGCUGGCUGCUCUGUGCAGAGACAGUUGGGAAGGCCUGGAGAGGCAUGAAGAGCAGAGAUAGAAUCCAGAAGGUGGCUGCAGGUGGGCAAGAGGCCUAGCGCAUCAAGGGUAGUGAGCAUCCCUCGGCUCAGAGGAAGCAGUCCUCUUAAUCAUUCAGAGGCCAUCUGUGCACUAAGCCGCAAUAUUACCUGCCAGCGCUUUUCCUAGGUGACAAGCACAAUACUACAGUCUUCACACUGUUUACAGCCCUGGGCACCAGCCACCCCACACUGGCUCUUCACUGCACCUCUGCUCCUGCUUAGAUAGUGGGUGGCGUUAGGGCUGGGAUUUGUUUGUUUGUCUGUUUUUUUAAUCGGGUGAAGAGCCAAAUAGCUACUGUCCUCGGGUGCCAGACAAGCCAGUUCUUUGGUUCCCUUAGGGCACUCCUUGGUUCUUGUGGCACCAUCCAGCCUCAGGGUCUUAGGGACUAGAGUAAGAAUGUGAAUGGCAGAGGGAGAGGCCAGAGGAGAUCAGAGGUGGCAGGAUAGAUCUGUGGACAUAAGAGGUUGCAGAAGGAAUUUGUGUAAAUCCCACCCAGACCUAAGCUGCUGGUGGGUGGGAGAGCUGGGGAGUAGGAUUGUCCAGGGAAGGACAGAGAGGGAUAGCUAAGGGACUGGGGGGAGGGGGGUGGGGAAGGUAGAAGCACUGUUGGCAUCAUCCAUGCUGGGGUUGAUGAAGGAAGGGAUCCCAGCAGAAUUUCUGCUCUGGUACCCAGUAGGUUGUGUAGUAUUACACUCGAGGCCACUCUUUUAGGAGGAAAGGGUGGCCAAAGGGAGCCAGUGUAUGGUAGGCUGCUUCAUUUCCUGGAAGGGGUGAUUGGAUGGAAAGUGGCCAAGAACCCCAGCCUGAGAGAGACUGCCGUGCACCCCACAGUCUGACUGCACAGAGCCGCCUCUAUUGGCAGAGGCGCUGAGGCUGUCCUUCCUGUGUGUUCAGAAUCCAUGUUUGCCAAUACAGUUUGCUUUCAAUUCCAAAAGGAGCUCUGGGAAAACCUGUGGAUAAAACCAAAUGCCAAACGUUAGAUAUUGUUUCCUUUUCCUUUUUCUCUCUCUCUGAUGUUUUAAUUGUUCUGUGGUGGUUUUAAUGGAUUUGAGACCCUGGAGCGGCAGCUGCCUUUCUGAUUUCCAGCUGCUUUUUGUGAAUAAUUUAAAAAGAAAAAAAAAAAAGAAACUUUACAUUUUGGAGACAAACCUGUGUGAGUUUUUUAUUGGUACAAACGUAUUUAACACUAGGGGUUUUGUACAGUUUUUUGCCUUUUCUACUAGAAAACAAUGUAAAGUGAUUUCACAAUGUGAAGAGAAAAAAAUUGCCACUAUGACCAAACGCACAGUCUGUUCUGCAGCAACAAUGGGAUUCAAUCAACUCAAAGUCGUGAUUCAGCCGUAGAAAUGCUUUCCCUUUACCUUGUUUGAGCUUCACCUUUCUUUCCUCUUUUCAUUUGCAAAAGAAAAUGUCUUUUUUGUGUGAACUUGUGUUGUACUAUGUAGAAAAUUAUGGAUUUUACUUUAAUGGUUAAAAAAAAAAAGGCAAGAAGAGCCCUUGUUGCUUUUCUGACCUAAUCACAGAGUUUGUGUAGUGGAUUAAAAAAGAAAAAAAAAUUGUUACAAGUUUGGAGGAGGGAGUAUGUGUUUAAAAGGAAAUCUUCCUUCUUUUGUGUGUUUUUCCUUUUGUUCCAAUGGGAAACCUUAAUCUAUUUUAAUUGCACAGACACACAGACAAAAAGUCAUUUUGUAUCUGCCAAGUGUGGUACCUUCCUUUGUUUAUUUGCUAUUAAACUGUUUGAGAAAAACUGA